AUGCGUUCCAGUAACGGUGACAGUUGUGCAUCAAGCAACGCCAGUGGCAGCAGCAGCAACAGCAACAGCAAAGCCUCUUCUGAAACAACUGGCCGUCACCCGGUGUACCGGGGAGUGAGGCGUCGGAGUAGUGGGAAAUGGGUUUCUGAAAUUCGGGAGCCAAAGAAGCCAGAUAGGAUUUGGUUAGGAACAUUUCCUACACCAGAAAUGGCAGCUAUUGCUUAUGAUGUUGCUGCGCUUGCUCUUAAGGGUAAGGAUGCUGAACUCAACUUCCCUAACUCGGCUUCUUCGUUGCCUGUUCCUGCUUCUUCCUCUGCCCGUGAUAUUAAGAUGGCUGCUGCUAGUGCUGCAUCUGCUCUUGGAGCUGCCAAGGAUGCAUUAAUGGCUAUUGAAGGAAACCGAGGAGGGAAUGUUUCAGUGGCACAAGAUAUGGCAACGGGGAAUGAGUUUGUUGAUGAGGACUUGAUCUUUGAUAUGCCAAAUGUUCUGGUUAAUAUGGCUGAAGGAAUGCUUCUUAGCCCUCCUCGAUUUGACAUUGCUAGCGAGUAUGCUACCCCAGAAAACUUGGGUGAAGACCCAAACCUGUGGAGUUUCCCUUAUUUCCCAUAA